CAUGGUGUGUAUGAUGUGGAUUGAAACAGGAUUGAAAAAUUUAAAUGGCAGCGCCACCUGGUGGCUCCGCCCAUAGCUCCGCCCCUUCAGCUACAACGUCCCCAGUGUUUCACACUUCAUCUCCAGUACAACGUCCGCGUUUUAACAGUUCACUACAGCCUGCUGAACCUCCCACUAGGAACACUAAACGUGCCUGAAGUGUUAUUGCGUCUCAGUUCGCCUACUAUCCGUACUAAAUAGUAUCCGAGAUUAUAUUUGGAAUGUCCCAAAUCAUAGUAUGUUGAAAUGAGUAUCCUAAAGGUACCCGGAUGAUCUACUAUUUCCAUUAGAUUUUUGAAGUGUGGAUCCAUGGACACUUUUCAGCUAAUAUUGCCCACAACUCCUUGCGCGAGGGAGGAGAGGUUUUGUGACUUUAGAGAGGUGUAAAUAAAAUGUGGAAAAAUAAAUCAAGGGAAUGGUAAAUUAAAUUAUAUAGUAUCAAUUAUAUAAGCACUAAUGAAUGAAGAAAAACAAAUGCUACGAGGAGUUUGUUUCCGGUGACAGUGUGCGUAACUAGGCAACAACGUUCUCUUCCGUUACAUCAUGACGUGUUAGUUAGUAUGUCCCAGUACUUGCAUACUCUUUCGUAUGUAUAAGUACAUGCUCAGAAGUAUUUAUCUUUUCUUUACAAAAAGAGUACAUACUUCUAGUGCAUAGUAGUGCAUAAGUAGUCGAAUUGAGACGCCGGGUAUGUAAGCGGAACUACAGCUAUGAGACUCCAGUUUCGAGACGGAGCGUUUCGUGGGCGGAACUAGCCUUACAACUGUGUAAUAAUCUGUAUUAUGUAUAAAUCUAUGAAUAAAGGUGGCUGCAACAGACAGCUUUUCUUUCUAAUCGCGUAUCUUGCUUGAUUUUCGCUUUGUUAAUGUACUUUAUAGACUGUUCUCACUGCUGUUAGCUCUUGAGAAGUCGUUAGCUAGCGAGGUUUUUACAGCAGUGUGGACUGUGAGCUGAGUGUAAACAAUAAAAUGACAUCCAAACCCACAUGCCUUAUUGUGGCCAGUGCAACGCCUCAAGGGGUGUCGGCCCGGUCUUUCCAGCAGUGUUUCUCUCUCUGUAGUCCUGUGUUUAACCUGCAGACAGCUACACCAGGGGGGAAAACUAUUGACUUCGUCGGGAUUGAUGAAAGCUCUGCUCGAUGGGUUCAGGAUUUCAGUGUUAAACCAUAUGCCACUCCUGCCAAACUGGAGUCUAUUGAUGGUGCCCGCUACCAGGCUCUCCUGAUCCCAGACUGCCCAGGAGCUCUGAAGGACCUUGCUCACAGUGGCUCACUAGCACGCAUCCUCACACACUUCAGCUCUCAGAAGAAGCCUGUGUGUGCUGUGGGACAGGGUGUUUCUGCACUUUGCUGUGCCACAGAGGGACAGAAAUGGAUAUUUAGUGGAUAUAGCCUGACUGGACCCUCUGUGUUUGAGCUGGUGCGCUCUCCGGAUUUUGCCAACCUUCCUCUGAUUGUGGAAGACUUUGUGAAAGACAAUGGCGGAUCCUACACAGCCAGUCAAGAGGAUGCGCUGCAUGUGGUCCUGGACCGCCACCUAGUGACUGGUCAGAAUGUUCAGUCUACCACAGCUGCAGUCAGCAACCUGAUCCUGCUGUUUAACAGCAGGUAAAAUCCCUCGCCUGUUCAGGUGUAAAGCAUUGUUGACCAGUGACACUGGAAUACUUCAGGGGAAAACCGAUCACUUUAAUAUUCCUGGUCUUGAAAGCAAUUUGUCUUAAUAUAUACUCUUAAAUUUAUCUACACUGGAUCUACUUAAAGAUCCAGGAGACAUCCUGGAGAAUUUUAAAUUCAUACUUUGUGUAGUUCUGAAAGAUUUGCAGACCUAAAGUUGCUAAAAAGCUAUAAAAACCUAUAGUCUGCCAAUUACAGAUUGACCAAAAGUUGCCUGAAAAAUUACCUCAACACAAUGCAGUGUUAAAUUUGAGUUGCCUAGUAAUUGGUGCCAAUUUGUACAUUUAGCAGCUGUAGCCUGGUGUCAGUAUGAAGCAGUAUAAAUUACAGUACACAUUAUUAUUGAACUAUUAUUUUGUAUAUUUUUUGCAGUAUUUCACCAGUAUCACAUAGGAAUAUACAGUAUGUAUGUGAUAGUGGUGAAUUAUCAAUCCCUUGGCCUUAAAAUAUGAUUGUUUUUCUUUUGAUCUAUUGGGAGGUAAUGCAUGCGUUUGCCUCAAGUAUGAAGAAAUGACUUUGUGUUUCUCACAGGAAGUCGUGAGCUUCCUGUAAAUCAUUGGUAAAAGUAUAAAUAACUCUCCUAGAUUCCAUUAAAUAAUCUCAGAUAACAUUAAAUAACCUAACUAAGUGUUGGCAUUGAUAGUGCCAUGUGGUAAAAGAAGUGUUGAUGCAUAGAGAAGAGUAAAGUUAAUGUCCUUUCCAUUAAAGCUCUUAUCAGCAUGUUUCUGUGAAUGUCACUGAUAGUGUUGAUGUGAAUAGAUGAAGACUGCUACUCCACAUGGUAUCUAAUUUUCUGAGCCCAAAACCUGUAUCUGUGUGAUUGCGUCCUGCCUUUAGUUGAAAUAGUCACAAAGAUGUGAUUACUGAACUUGCACCAAUUACAGUAUUGUAUAUAUGCCUAUGAUUAAAGAAUGCUAAUAAAGCA